ACGUGCUGACGUCAGAAUACGGAAGGUAAACAGCAGAUCCACAAGAUGUCCGUUUCUAACCCGAGACAAACGUUCCGGAACCUGCUGGUUCCCUUCGCGGGGACGAUCCUGGGGGGGCUGUUGCCGGGCGAGAUGGUUCUGAUCCAGGGUUCGGUGCCGACUGACGCCGACAGGUUCCAGGUGGACCUGACGUGCGGCAGCAGCUUGAAGCCGAGGGCCGACGUCGCCUUCCACCUGAACCCCCGCUUCGGGCGCUCGCCCUGCGUCGUCUGCAACGCGCUGCAGAGCGAGCGCUGGGGCCGUGAGCAGAUCCUGCACGGGAGGCCCCUCGCCCCCGGGGCCGCCUUCGAACUCAUCAUCCUGGUCCUGGGAGACCGGUUCAAGGUGGCUGUGAACGGAGGACACGUGUUGGACUUCGUCCACCGGAUGGAGCUGAAGCGCGUCGACACCAUCUGCAUAUCAGGGAAGGUCAAAGUUCAAGCUGUCGGCAUCCUCCCGGGUCCUAGUGAAGUUCCUGCUCCUCUGACCAAUCAGGAGCCAGCAGACAGGAAGCAGGAACAGACCGCGAUCAUCUCCUCUUCAGGCGGCCUGAGGGUUCCCUUCAGGGGGGGGCUGCUGGAGGGCCUGAGGGUCGGACGCAGCCUCACCAUCAGAGCAGAGACUCACCACAACGCUCAGAGUUUUGCGGUGAACCUGCGAGUGUCGGGCGGCAGGGACAUUGCUCUUCAUCUGAACGCCCGCCUGAAGAAGCAGGUCUUCGUCAGGAACUCCUGCCUGUCCGAGAGUUGGGGCUCAGAGGAGAGGAAGCUGAUUGGCCGCUUCCCCUUCAGCGCCGGACAGUACUUUGAGGUGAUCAUCCUGUGCGAGGCGCAGCAGUUCAGAGUGGCCGUUAACGGGCAGCACCAGCUGGAUUACCAGCACCGGGUCCAGAACCUGAGUGGGGUGUCACUGCUGGAGAUCCUCGGAGACGUCACCCUGCUGCACGCCAGCGCCUCCGAUCCGUGACGUCCUCUGCUCGCUCAGAGGCAUGGACCAAGUUCUUGAUGUUGUUUGUGCUUCUCUAAUUCCGCUCCCUGUGAUUGCACUUUACCUGAUCGAAUAAAUGCACCGUGUAAACAUU